CGGCGGCAGAGGGAGCUUACCCACGCAAAGGGGUAGGCACCAUCCCUGGGGAUUGCUGCUGCCAGAGACAGGAGAUACCAUCAUGGAGAUUUCGUCAAAAGAAAAUGCUCAGUUUUUCUCAAACAACAUAAUCCUGCCAAUUGACCGCUCUUCAUUCAAAUCUGAAUCUUCUGCUUCCAAGGAAAAACAAUCAUGUUGCGGAGGCAUAAAGAUAUUUCUUGGUGCAUUAUCUUUUGUUUAUUUUGCAAAAGCACUGUCUGGAAGUUACCUAAAAAGUACUAUCACACAAAUAGAAAGAAGAUUUGAUAUUCCUUCCUCUUUGGUUGGCGUUAUUGAUGGAAGUUUUGAAAUUGGGAACCUCCUAAUCAUAAUUCUUGUAAGCUACUUUGGAGCGAAGCUUCACAGGCCAAGGAUAAUUGGCGCAGGCUGCUUAAUUAUGUCAGCUGGAACAUUCCUAAUUGCGAUGCCCCAGUUCUUCAUGGGACGGUAUAGGUAUGAAAGAUUUACUUCCACCAUCAAUUCAACUGGUAGCCUCUCCCCAUGUCUACAGGAAAAAAGCCAAAUUCCACACUCAGCCUUGGAAAAAUCUCAGGCCAAAAUAAAUGCAGGAUGUGAAAAAGAAGCUGGCUCAUCCAUGUGGAUCUAUGUUUUACUGGGAAAUCUUUUGCGUGGAAUAGGUGAAACCCCUAUCCAGCCUUUGGGAAUUGCAUACAUUGAUGAUUAUGCCGUUGAAGAGAAUGCUGCCUUAUACAUUGGCUGUGUACAGACACUUGCAAUUAUAGGCCCAAUAUUUGGCUUUCUUCUAGGAUCCCUGUGUGCCAAACUUUAUGUUGACAUUGGCUUUGUAGAUCUGGACAGUGUCACAAUAACUCACAAGGAUGUGCAGUGGGUGGGAGCUUGGUGGCUGGGUUACUUAAUAGCAGGUGUGAUUAGCGUUCUGGCCGGCAUCCCGUUCUGGUUCCUGCCCAAGCACCUAUCAAAACCCGAAGGCAGAAAGGACUCCAGCUCCUCCUCUGAGCAGUCCAAGUUCAUCACUGAGGAUAACAAUGAGCAACAGAAAUCUUAUCAGCAGCACAUGAAGAUUGCCGAGCUGGCAAAAGAUUUCUUGCCAUCACUGAAGAACCUUUUUGGAAAUCCUGUUUACCUUCUGUAUUUGUGUGCAAGUAUUAUUCAGUUCAACUCUUUAAUUGGCAUGGUGACAUAUAAGCCGAAGUAUAUUGAACAACAAUAUGGACAAACAUCUUCAAAAACUAAUUUUGUGAUAG